CAACAAUUUCUGUCCCUUCUGAGUCCCUGUCUGCGCGUGUUAACACCGCACUGCUAGGCGUCAAGCGUUCUAAGAGGCCACGCAUCUUCCGCAGCUGCUGAAAAUUUUUUUGUUCAGCACCGUAGCAUUGGCCAGCAUCUAUUUUCGGAAUCACAAGGAAAAAACUUGGCCAUGAUUUCGUUGGUGAAGGAGCUUUGGAGAACUCUCGUCUUCCUUUUCUCCAUCCAAUUCUGGAGAAUGGGAUUGCUUUGGACCUUUUCCAUUGUCUUUUCUCAUCACCAAUUAAUCAAAGAUUUCUUCUGUUCCCAACGACCUAAAUCAUAUUACAGAUGUUCCCCUUGUGUAGUUCCUGUUAGGCCCGUUGCUGUGGUCACAGGUGCAACAUCUGGCCUGGGAUUUUAUACUGCUUAUGAACUUUCCAAAGAAGGAUAUGUUGUUGUGCUUGUUGGGCGAUCGCAGCAGUUGUUGCUUGAGGCGGAAAGAAAGAUCAAAGCUUGGAAUAGAAAUGCGCACCUCAAAGCUUUUCAGGUAGACCUGUCAUCAGUUGAAUCAAUAAUAUUGUUCAGAAAGUCCUUGCAGCAAUGGCUGUCGGACUCUGAUUUGCACAGCUCAAUACAACUAUUGAUAAAUUGUGCUGGAAUACUUGCAACUUCACCUAGAACCACAGCUGAUGGAUAUGAUCAGAUGAUCGGUACAAAUUACAUUGGUGCAUUUGUUUUGACAAACCUUUUGUUACCACUUCUCGAAAGCAGUAAUGUAUCUUCCAGAAUUGUGAAUGUCACAUCCUUUACUCAUCGAAAUGUUACUGAUAUGCAGGUUGAUGAUCGAACUGUAUCUGGGAAAAGAUUUUUGAGUUAUAUGCAAUAUCCAUAUGCAAACAUCUAUGAGUAUUCUAAAUUGUUCCUUCUCCUCUUCACCUUUGAGCUUCAUCGACAGCUACGCUUGAGGGAAAAAUCUCACCAGAUCUUUGUCGUUGCUGCAGAUCCUGGAGUUGUACAAACAAAUAUUUUGAGAGAAGUUCCAUCCCUCCUUUCCUUGUCGGCACACUUUGUACUGAAGUAUCUGGGCCUUUUGCAAUCCCCUGAAUAUGGGGUCAGUUCCAUAAUUGAUGCUGCCCUUGCGCCACCAGGAACUUCUGGAGCUUACUUCUUUGGGGGAAUAGGUAGGACUAUUGAACCUUCAAUACUUUCAAGAGAUGCUGGUUUAGCACUUAAGCUCUGGGAAACUACAAGUAAUCUGCUAUCGGCGACCCCUUUUGGCACUGAAGAAGAUUAACCAGAUGUAGCGUUUGAUCAUGGGUUAAGACGUAUAACAAAGUGCAGAUGUGACACUUGCCUGAUGUAGAUUGAUAACCUGUUCUUCGAAUGAAGUUCUGAAGUUUUUGGCUCUUGGAAGCUACCACCAUUAUCUAUGAUGUGGUAGUAUAGUUUUUUAAAUGUGUUUAGCCACUAACACAUUACUAGUAUUCAGCUUUUAAUUUACCAGAUUGAGUAUUAGAAAGGAAAUAGGAACCUGUAUUCUUACUAUUCUUCUGCCCAUUUUUGUUUUUUCCUUUUGGGCUGUAAGUUUUAGUUAUCAUAAAUAUUUUGUUUUUCUGACGUAUUAGACGAUGUAACGUUGUGAAUUGUGUGUUCAAAUGCAAUUAAUUUAACAAA